AUGUAUGUACGUAUUCUACAGUUCUCAUACUUCACUUUGGCUAAACCAAAUUCCAGGAACCGCAACCUUUCAUUCCGAUCGCGCAACAAGGAGCCACCUGCCAGCCGGCAGCGGUUCGGCAUCUCGACCUUGCGCGGGAUGCAAGCGCCGGAGUUGAGCCGCAAGAUGACCAAGCUGAUCAAAAGCGAGAACACCGCCAUCGGUGCCCACGAAGCUGCCGGCCGUGAGCGUGUCGCAAUCGCCGCCCAGCUCUCUGAAUGGGGAGAGGCGACUGAAGACGACAAUGUCUCCGACAUCUCCGACAAGCUAGGUGUCUUGCUCGCCGAGAUAGGAGAGCAGGAAGACGGCUUCGCGCAGAACCUCGAGGACUAUCGUGGUAUCCUGAAGCAGAUUCGCAACAUGGAGGCCUCGGUGCAGCCGUCACGCGAGCAGCGCCAGAAGGUCACUGACGAGAUUGCCAAGCUCAAGUACAAGGAUCCUUCGAGUCCUCGUCUGGUCACGCUGGAGCAUGAGCUUGUCCGGGCUGAGGCUCAGAACUUGGUUGCUGAGGCGCAGCUGUCUAACGUCACACGCCAAAAGCUCAAGGAGGCCUAUGACAUCCAUCUGGCGGCCGUCAUUGAGCGCGCCGAGAAGCAGACUAUUCUGGCUCGCCAUGCUCGUCGCCUGCUUCACUACAUUGAUGACUCUCCUGUUGUUCCUGGCGAUGCACGCCAGGCGUAUGACCAUGAGCUCUCGGCGCGCCAGAUCCUCGAGGAUGCCGAGAAUGACCUCCGUGGAUGGGAACCCAGCGUUGAGCCUAUUCCCUCUACCACCGCCCAGGAUUCUCAGGCUCAGGCCAAUGGUAUCAAUGGUAUCAGCAGUUCCAGUGUCAAUGGACUCGAUGAGGUGUCAGAGCAACAGUCGGAUGUUCUCGAGAAUGUCUCUGUGAUUGAAGGUUACACCGAACCAGUGGGAAGCGGUGCGCUGCCCGCGAGGAUGGUGGUUGUGGAGCCUUCGCCUGCGUGA